AAAACAGCCACUUACCUGUCCCUCAGUCCCGUGGUGUGUCCCCCGCAGCCCGUUUCACCAGCCGUCCUGGAUUCCAGGAGGCCGGCAUCUUCAGUGUGGACACCCGGCUGUCAUAUCUUGCGGCUUCACAGCCGGGUGCCCACUGCACAUGUGCGAGCAGCACUGCGCUUCAUGAAUGGUCCUGUAGUCUUCUGGGACCUGUCACGUGUCCCAGAAGACUACAGGGAGGGGGGGAGGACAAUUUCCGCUUCCAAUUGCCUAGGUGAUAGCAGCGGAUGUGGAAGUAGGUACCUGUCAAAGUCGGGUACCCGCUCCCCCCCGCUCCCCAAAGCUGUCAAUCCAUAAUGGGGAGCGGGGAACAAAAGCUUAAAGCGGAACUUCACCUUUUGGGUGGAGCUCCGCUUUAAGAAUGCUA